AUGGACAAAUUGAAGAUGGCGGCGAGAACCCCACUUUGCAAAAUUUCUAUCGAUGCUGUUGGUCACAAACGCUUGCCAAUAGCUUUGUCGAUUUGUCAUGAAUCAAGAGAGCUGGCACUGACAAGAUAUUCCCCAUUGCUGACCUCCGAUGCCUCAACUACGGAAACUGUCUUGAGGCAAUUCGAACAGCAAUCAUACGGCAAUGUUGUGCUCCUAGGCGUUCGACAUAUGCAAAUCGAUUUCACGCGCGACACGCUGAUGAUCUUUGAACCAGAAGUACAAAUCUCAAGCAUCGCAUCUUACAUUCACGGAGAAAGAGUUGAGCGCCUUGUAUGGUCAAGAAUCACCUCGAGCUAUAUCGGACCUUGGGAUAUUAAUUGGGCACGCUUUGCAGUCGACUUUCCUGAUCUCAAGUAUCUGAACUUGGUUUUUGGCACAAGUUCUUGGGCUGCGGGUGUCUCUGGACCGCGUGUCAACGAGCAAAUGAUACCCAUGGACUCCAAUCUGGAAGACUUGUUUCAUUUCUAUCAAGACAUAACAAAGAGGCCCCACUCGAAUGUCGGACGAGAUCUGAGCACCCUCUUCUUCGAGUUCUCCCACGUAGCUAGGAACCGGCGCAAUUUCUGGAACUUCGUUAUCGGACCCUCCGCGCCUUCACCAUGGUAUAAAUUGUCCUUCGAAACCAGUUUCUGGACAACCAAAAGAGCACUCGACAGUCUUUUAUCCCUCACCUAUCCAAUUCGGGUCAAUAGCGUGUAUCAACUACCACGGCAUUCACACAAAACAUGGCGGCACCUUGAAUUUCCAAGGAUUGUCUUGUUCAGGAGAGAAGUAUGCGAUAUGGACGACCAACUUUUCAGUCGAUACGAGGGCAUUCAAGAACUAUUCCGGGAAAUUUAG